UUUCAACCCUGCUUUCAGUAUUGACUUCCAACGCGUCUGCGCUAGACAGUAUCAACAUUUAUCAAUCAUUAGCGUAAAUUUCAUUUGGUCUACCGGUUUUUAAACUCUUUUUUUAUUCUAAUUUUAUCAAAUAGCAUUCAAUUAAAAGGAACAAAUCUAAGUUAUUAAAAAAAUUUGAAAAUGGACCUCGAAACGGAUCGAAAAACUAGUAUUUUUCAGUUUUAUGCCUACAAUCCCGGUGAAAUAAUGCCAGAUUCUGGCAAAAAUGUUGGUCCUCUAAUUGGAGUAAUUGAUGUAGGAACUCGAACUGUUCGUUUUGUGGUUUUUAAAGCGAAGCAUGUUGCUGAAUUUAUGUCGCAUCAAAUUGAUAUCGAACACAUUAAUCCACAAGAAGGAUGGGUGGAGCAAGACCCAAAAGAAAUUCUUUUUGCCAUAAAGGCCUGCGUGAAGGAUGUAAAAAAGAAACUAGAGUCUAUUAAUCUUAAUAUAAGUGAUAUUAUUACCAUUGGCAUUACAAAUCAGAGAGAAACUACAGUUGUUUGGGAUUCAAUGACGGGAGAGCCUUUGUACAAUGCAAUUAUGUGGGCUGAUAUAAGAACAGACUCAAUUGUGGAUCAAAUAAUUGCCAAGUUUCCAGAUCAUAGUAAAAAUCAUUUAAAACCCCUUUGCGGUCUACCUGUUAGUCCGUAUUUUUCGGCCUUAAAAAUUCGGUGGUUAAAAGACAAUGUUCCUGCGGUUAAGAAAGCCAUUAGAGAUAAAAGAUGUAAAGUUGGAACUAUGGACACUUGGGUAGUUUGGAAUUUAACGGGUGGUAAAUCUGAUGGUCUUUACAUAACUGACGUUACUAACGCAUCGAGAACAAUGUUGAUGAAUAUUGAAACACUGACAUGGGAUCCUACUUUGUGUAGGUACUUUGAAAUUCCAAUGAAACUUCUACCAGAAAUCAAAAGCAGUUCUGAAAUUUAUGGUAACAUUGCCGUUGGUCCUUUGAAAGGAAUUCCUAUAUCAGGAAUAUUAGGGAAUCAGCAAUCGGCAUUGGUUGGACAACAUUGUCUACAGCAGGGACAAGGGAAAAACACUUAUAGAAGUGGAUGUUUCCUGUUAUGUAAUACUGGAAAUUCUAGAGUGUUUUCAUCUCACGGCCUAGUCACAACCGUAGCUUAUCAGUUUGGUUCUAAGAGUCCAGUCUAUGCCCUGGAGGGUUCCGUUGCUGUCGCAGGCGCAGCAGUGAAAUGGUUAAGAGACAAUAUGAAACUUAUUAAAGAUGUUCACGAGUGUGAAGACUUAGCACAAAGUGUGUUCAAUACUGGAGAUGUGUACUUUGUGCCCGCUUUUUCUGGACUCUAUGCUCCAUAUUGGAGGAAAGAUGCCAGGGGAAUAAUUUGCGGCCUUACUGCUUUCACUACAAAGCAGCACAUAAUACGAGCAGCAUUAGAGGCUGUGUGUUUUCAGACUAGAGAUAUUUUAGAAGCAAUGAACAAAGACUGUGGUUUUCCGUUGACGAAAUUGCAUACUGAUGGGGUAAUGUCUACUAAUAAUCUUCUUAUGCAGUUACAAGCAGAUUUGUGUGGCAUACCAGUUUUCAGGUCAACAAUGCCUGAUAUCACUGCACUAGGAGCGGCAAAAGCAGCUGGUCAUGCUGAAGGAAUAGGAAUUUGGGAGUUAGAAGGUGAAGGAAUUGAAACUGUCGUCAUGGACACAUUUUUACCAACUACUACACCUGAAGAAAGAGACGGAAGGUACAAGAAAUGGAAAAUGGCUGUGCAAAGGAGCUUAGGAUGGGCGACUGUCAAAAUGUCGGACCAAAUGACAGAUGAACGAUUCCGAAUUUUGGCGUCCAUUCCGGCUAGCUGGUUCCUUUUAUCAAGUUUUGUAUUGUUAAAAAUUAGUCAAUAUUUUAGCGCCCGGUGACAAAUUUAGAAAAAAAUCUUAUUUUUAAUAGAUCAAAAAUAGGCUUUAAAUUUUCUAAUUCUAGAAUAAUGCUAUCACGAAAGGCAUUUUGAAUAAGUAGUAUUUAAUUAAUUAUUGUAAUUUGAAGAGAGUCAGGAGUUUGGGCAGGGGGGUUAUUAUAGGUUAUAUAAAAUAUUGUAUAUAAAUAUAGGCAAAGAGUACUUGGAAGUUUUACUCAUUUUCACCGCAUGACAAUUAUAGCAAUCACUUUAAAUCUGUCUAAGUUAUUACAAACCAACAAAAUAAAAAUCAUGUUAAUUGUUGAAAAUAA